AUAAAUAUUAUUAUAGUAUCAUCCUGGUGAGCCCCGUCCAUCCUGUGACUGAGGGAGAUCCUGUUACUCUGAGCUGCAGAGAUAAAGAACAAAAACUUCUCUCCAAUGUGUUUUUCUAUCACAAUAACAAACUGAUCCACAAUGACAGCAGAGAGGAGCUGAAGAUCUCUGCAGUGUCAAAGUCAGAUGAAGGUUUCUACAAGUGUGAACAUUCAGGAAAGGAGUCACCACAGAGCUGGAUGGCUGUUAGAGUAACUUCAUCCAGUCCUGUCAGCUCUUUUUCUGUGCUGCUGAUUGUUGGACCAGUUUUUGGAAUCAUUCUCCUUAUUCUCCCACUUAUGUUGUGGCGCUGCCGACGUUCCAAAGAUUCAAAUUCUUCCAGAUCAUAUAGAACCAAUCAGAAGUCCUCCACAAAUCACGGAGCAGAGACUAAUGACCAUAGCUCUGCUACGAAGGAUGAUGUCCUCUAUGCAUCAGUCAACCCAGGAGCCACUGGAUCUGAGGAACCCACAGAAAUAACAUACUCCAUUAUUCCAUUAAAAAAACUCAGAAAAAAGAACAGACAUUGUGAACCAGAGGAUGGUGUUAUUUACUCUGAAGUGAAACCAGGAGUUGCAGAACCCACUCCAUUGUAUGCUGAAAUCAACCACAAGAAUAAACCUAAGAAAAAGAAAAAGAAAGACAAGAAGAGCCCUGCAGCAACAGAAGAAACUGUUUAUUCUGAGAUACAAUCAUGAACAGCUCUGGAUAAUGAAUCUGCCCUGUAGGCUGCCUGUUCUGCUAGAUUUGUCUGC